AUGUCCGACUCCAAUAACAACAGUCGUCGCGAGCGACCAUUGCUGUUCUCCGUGAACCGCAAACUACGUCAUCUGCAAGGCCUAUCAAUUCGAAAUCUAUCCAUCACACCACCAAGUCGCGCUCGCGGUAAGACGAUCGAUGAUGACGAUAUCCCUUACUCUCUGAAAACCCCGGUCAAGCUAGCUGUCCAGGCGCAAAAUCGAAGUGUCACCCAAUCUCGCUCAUACACGGAUCUCAAAUCAAUAUCCCCUAAGGUGCAACCUCUGGACGGCAAUCAGGAGCAGCAUGAUAAACAAAUACGAGAAUCGCGACCUAACCGCCGACGGAGCACGCUACCAUGGAGUGGAGGAGACCUGGAAAGUCGGCAAACAAAGUUAGAGGAUAUCGCGCGCAGCCGGAUGGCCGAUGUCUGGUUUUCCAUUCACUGCGAUGGUAUUGACGGCCCGGUGUACGUCAGCGAAGUCGUUGAGAAAACAACAAACCCGGACUUUCGCGUGCUUGAUCUCAAUGUGUGCGGUCCUCAUGUCUCCAGAAUGGAUCAAUUGUGUGUCAAAGUAUGGGUCAAAUCAGAGAACAUGAGCGACUACACGCUUCUUCUAGAGCUUCAUCAGAGUUUUCGGUCUUUACAAUUUGUUGGCAAAUCCUUAGAGACUUUUCAUCACCCACUUCCUCCGAAUUGCGUCUUGUUUCAUUUCGCGGACGGGAUAUUUACAAAUCUCACGGACUUGCCGCCAACUCAGACUAAUCUUGCGGGUUUCACAAAUGGAUCCCCUCAUAUGGAACCUCAGAGCACCUCUUCAUACGAUGCAUUGAUGCGAUUGGCAAAUCUAGACGACUGCAUACAGGAUGCACUCGCAACUAGGGAGAAACUUGAAUCUCAAAUCAACGUUAUCCUGAAGAAAUACCAGAAAAGCCUAGAGUUACUCAAUCAAGUAUCCCAGGCUGAAGAGAAGACGGCCUUGAUCAAAAGAGGCAUUGCCAAUGAGAAAAAGCAAGUUCGCUUGAGCGCGAAACGAAGGGAUGAAUUGAUCGCUAGCAUCAAUGCACGAAGAGAGUCCAUGACUUCGGGUCGUGAGAAUCAGAACAAGACGUGCACUCACUUGACAGACGCUCGGCUGAAGUUGACUUUCAGUGCGUCUUUGCUGGGGCAUAAUCGAGAAGAUGCCAAGGGUCAAAUCCGGCGUAUCUGCGAAGACUUGCUGGCGAUAUAUCCCAUUGAACCUCUUUCCGACAAAGCAUUGGCCUUUACUAUUGCUGGGUUGCAUUUACCCAACUCCAAAUUUGAUGAUAUCGACAGAGAGGUGGUAGCAGCAGCUCUCGGAUAUACCGGUCAUCUUGUUUACUUAUUGUCAUUUUACCUUUCGGUUCCUCUACCUUAUCCUAUCAAACCAUAUAUGUCGAGCACCUUCAUCCAGGACCCGGUAUCCGCUGGACUUUCGCGCCGGACUUUUCCGUUGUACCCAGUCAACGUUCAGUAUCGGUUCGAGUACGGCGUCUUUUUAUUGAACAAGAACAUCGAAGUCCUCAUGAACCGCUUUGGUCUCCGGGUUCUCGAUAUCCGACAUACUCUACCAAAUCUCAAAUACCUUCUCUACGUCUUGACAGCUCGAACAAACGAGCUGCCCGCCCGGAAAGCAGGAGGCGUUCGAGGUCUUCUUCUUGGUCGCAGUACACCGAUGAUGUCUAGACAAAACAGUCAAGACAGCUUUGCCAGUAGCGAAAUCAUGCCGCCACAUCGAAUGCCUUCUGAAUUGCUGAGGAACGAUGCCAACAAAAGCCAAACAUCGUACUCGAAGCAAUCCAAUCUAACUCCGGUCAACCCUGGGUCAACGAUGUGA